UAUAAAGAGAGAGAAAGAAAUAACAAUAAUUAACAAACAAUGAAAAAGAAAGGUGAACCAGACGCACUAAGUCUAUAAGCUGCUUGAGCACAGAGAGAGGAAGGAAGAACCAAAAAGGAACAAAAAAAACAAAAGAGAGAAAAUGCAGAGAUUAGCUCCAUUGAUGGAAGAACCGAUGGAUCAAGAAGAACAAGAACAAGAAAGAGGAGGAAGAUCAAUGAGAACGAAAUCAUGGAAGAAAUGGAUAAAGACACAACUGCAGUCUAUGAUCAUUCACAAAAAACCAGAUGCAAAGGUUCUUCUCAGUGUUCUUGGAUGCCCUCUCUUCCCUGUCCCUUCUCUCUCCAAAAUGUCUCUCCAGCAGGUAUCAUCGUCAGCACAGUACAUAAUACAGCAUUUCGCCGCAGCAACGGGAUGCAAGAAACUCGAGAGAGGAAUCAAAAACACUUUCGUAACUGGAAAAAUUACGAUGACUAUGAUGAAUGACCUCAGUGGCUCAGCCACAGUUAAUGCUUCGCCUGUGUCUCAUAAGGGAUGCUUCGUCAUGUGGCAAAUGCUACCGGAAAAGUGGCUCAUCGAGCUGGUUGGUGGCGGUCACAAGAUUUCAGCCGGAAGUGAUGGAGAAAUUGCUUGGCGUUAUACACCCUGGCUCGGUGAUCAUGCUGCUAAAGGCGCUAUACGGCCUUUACGACGUACUCUACAAGGGUUGGAUCCUCUAACAAUAUCAUCAGUAUUUUCAUCGGCACAAUUUGUUGGAGAGAAAGAAAUCAACGGAAAGGAUUGCUUCGUUCUCAAGUUGUCAACCGACCAAACUGAUUUAACACGACGCAGCGACUCUACAGCCGAGAUGAUCAAACAUGUCGCCUUCGGUUACUUCAGCCAGAAAAGCGGCCUUCUACUUUGCCUCGAAGAUUCUUCCUUAACUAGGAUUCAGACACCAGGAAGUCUACCGACAUACUGGGAGACCUCAAUGUCGUCAUGGAUGGAGGAUUACCGAGCGAUCGAAGGUAGUGAAGUGGUGAUUGCACACUCAGGUAGAACGGAUGUGUUGAUAUCAAGAUUUGGAGAGAAUCUCAAGGGAGGAAUCUCUGUGACUCGCAUGGAGGAGAGAUGGACCAUAGAUGAUGUUGCAUUCGACGUGCCUGGCCUCUCCAUAGAUUGUUUUAUUCCUCCUAAGGAGAUGAAGAUGGAUUUUCACCACGAAGGCGGUCCAAAUACGUUUCCAGAGUUAUUAGAUGAGAGGCAAAAAUUGUAAAAUAAAAAAAAACGUCACAAGAAUUAGUAUAGAAAAUUGUAUAAGGGUGAUUUUAAUAUCAAAACGCUUAUGGUCAAAACGUUUAUGGUCA